AUUGCCAUUUACUGGUUUUGUUUUCCCUAGAAGGUUGGAAUGCGUCGCCUAUGUACGUUCAUCUCGGCGUAUGUUUUGACUACAGCGGCGUUUGCAGAUAUUCGAAUGCAAAAUGACUCUUUAACAGAGUAUCGCAACAAGCUCUGCAAUUCUCCAAAUACAACCGACCCGCCAUGGGAAGUUGCGCAGCACAUGGACGGUUAUUAUGCAACGAUGCACUAUUACAACGAAACGACUAACAACUGUGAAGAGUUAACUGAUUCAAUUUUUUCCCGUGGUCCUGAGCAUGGUGUAUUUUUUAUCCGGUAUGAUUGCUUGCGCAGCUGCGUCCCAGGGAAGGAUUCUUCAUUCUGCACCCAUCCUCCGUAUAACCAAACUAAUGAAGGUGAAGCAGGCGCAAAAAGGGCCUGGUUUUAUAACAUUACAAGUGAAGAGUGUCAUCAAUACCGGGCCAGAGGUAAUCCAUGGAAAUUUCCGAAACAAGUUAAUGGUUUUGGAGCCAAAGGCUUUUGCGAGAACAACUGCGCGAGGUUCAACAGGAACAACGUGAAUGGUUCAGAGGAAUGUGAUAAGAUAGUGUCUUGCACCGACAAACCACCCGGUUUAUGUAACGAUACCAAAGAAGGUAGAAGAUACUUUUACAACAGCACUGCAGGAGAGUGCCAGGAGUACUUAUUCUGCGACGACAUGUGGCCAUCAAAUGCUUCGGCGGUCAACUACUUCCUAACAAAACAACUUUGCGAGCUCAGCUGCGGGCAGUUCAACAGCGGACAGCCAACUGGAAGUGACGCGGCACUGACAGAGGCUGGUGACUCAGUCUCGAGUUCCGCGCUUGUGGCUUAAAAAAUGGUUUGUGUCUGGUCUCUCGAGCUCCAUCGCUUCCUUAGGAGGCUGAACAACAGCAGGUUUGGGAUGUGCUGGACGUUUACUGCGUUCCAAUGACCAA